AUCCCGUCUGCAAUUGAGAUCACAUGCGGACAAGCUCCCAUAUCCUGGAAGCCCCAAGAGCUCGCCACGUUGCUGUUGGUUGAAUUGACUUUGAUGACGUCGUCGCCCGUGCACUUGGGACUUGGAAGCUGGUAAACCGCCAGUUAGCCUUUCAUUUGUGUCCAAUUGCGGAGAACCGCACGCGAAAACAGGUUGACGCCCGAAAGCUGGCUGGCUAGCUAGCGCCAGCAACUAUCUGGGCAGAGGCCGUUCGAGCAUUGUUUGGUAGAAAACCAACUCACCAAGUCGCAAUUGAUCUAUACAUACGUUCCUCUCGCUUUGCUUUCGGCUUCUGUGACUUCAACUGCGAAUUGAGGCUGCCAAUCUCCUCGUUUCUCCAUCCGUGUCUUCCGGUCAAAGCUCCCAUGCAAAAUUGUCGGCCAUUGUAACUGCAGACAACCUGGAUCAACAUGGCGAGAGGUCGAUUCAGCUUCAGCCGGCUUCUAGGCUGGGACCAACAUCCCUCCCACGAUCAUGACUACCAUAUUCAUGAGUCCCGCCGCCGACUCCUCCCAAGAUAUCGCGAGCAGAACAUCGAGUCUGCCAUUCCUGCCCCCGAAGUCACCAAAGUUGCCCUCCGACUGCGAUACUUGAUUGAAGAGGCUGUCCCCUGCGAGCUCGAGGAGGCACAGAUUGUCCGCCCGCAUAGCAAGAUCAUCACCAAGAAAGUUGUCAAGGCUGCAAAGGAGGCGGGCGGGCCGGACCAUCAAGCAUGUGUGGUGUUCUGUCUGCUGGUCACCAAGCGUUGGUUUAAGCACCAAGCCGUGAUCGAGCUUUGGGAUGCAGAGCUUCACGCACUCCGGGCGACUGCCUGCGAGGUCAUUGCCAAGCAGAUUAUUGAAUCUGAGGAAGACAUAGGCUAUCUUCUGCAUUCGGUUUUGCUCAAGCGAUACUCCAUCAUGGUCGAUGGCGAGGCCACCCCGCCCGUCAAUGUUAUCGAGAAGGCCGUCGACCUACACGCUUUGAACGUCAUCGGCUCUUCCGGUUACCAAAAGUGCGUGACCUAUCUCUGGAAAGGAUGGCUAGUCCAAGAUGAAAACGAUCCGGCCAGCUUCAUUGAUUACAGAGACCGCGAUAACACCUCGUUCUGGAACCACCUCGACCCAGACCGGAUGCGAGCGCCCAUGUACCAGAACGCCGCCCAGCUUCUCAUCUCCCUUAUAUACCUGGCGUUGUACACCGGCGCAAUUAACACCAUCAACCCAGAUGGCGACCUGGACGCUGUUGAAGCUCUCCUCUACAUAUUCACCUUCGGUUUCAUAUGCGACGAGUUGACCAAGUUCUGGAAGGCAGGCUACCACAUUAUUGGGUUCUGGAAUGCUUUCAACGCGCUUUUAUACUCAAUGCUGGUAGUGUCUCUGGUAAUGCGCUUUAUUGCCUUCAGCCAUCCCUGGGAUGAGUCGGGCGAUCGCCGAAAAUUCAAUGAGCUCAGCUACAAUUUCCUCGCAUUCACAGCUCCUCUAUUCUGGGCACGACUGCUCCUCUACCUCGACAGUUUCCGCUUCUUCGGGGCCAUGCUCGUGGUAGUCAAGGUCAUGAUGAAGGAAAGCGUCAUCUUCUUCGCUUUGCUCUUCGUCAUGAUCGUUGGCUUUCUCCAGGCUUUCAUCGGGAUGGACUAUGCUGAUGACAUGGCUGCUGAUGAUACCGCCUUCAUUCUGCAGGCCAUGGCGAACGCAGUCAUGCAAUCCCCUGACUUCAGUGGUUUUGAGAGAUUCAGCCCGCCGUUUGGCAUCAUCUUGUACUACGUCUUCACGUUUGUCAUCAUGAUUGUGCUCCUUAAUAUCCUUAUCGCGCUUUACAACAGCGCCUACGAAGACAUCUACGAGAACGCGGACGACGAGUUCUUGGGUCUAUUCGCGCAGAAAACGAUGCAAUUCGUGAGAGCACCAGAUGAGAACGUUUUCAUCGCCCCGUUCAACUUGAUCGAACUAUUUUGCCUUAUCAUUCCUUUCGAGUGGUGGUUGCCCAAGCACAUGUACGAGCGUCUCAAUGACAUCGUCAUGGGGACCAUCUACUCACCUCUUUUGGUGGCGGCGGCGUUUUUCGAGGUUCACACUGCGAGGGGAAUUAGGAGUAACCGCAAACGAGGCGAGGAGGACGACGAUACCGUCGAGGAGUGGGAACAGAUGGCAGAGGAGAUGGAUUUCGAGAGCGAUGGUUGGUCCAAGAUGGUGGCUGAGAGCAAGAGUAAUGUCGAGGAUGAUACGGCUACGGUUGAGGUUAGGGAGCUGAGGAGGGAAGUCGAGAAGCUAACGAAGCUUAUUGAGGGGCUGGGAAAGAGUCUUGAGGAAAACGGGAAGAAGGCCGCGAGCCAGGAGCUGAUUUAGGUGGUCCCCCGACAAGAUGAGAGGGGCUUUUGGUGAACACGAAGAGUGAAUAAGCUGGGUUUGCGACUUCAUGACUACAAUGUGGUGGCGGAGGUGUUUAUUGUUGAUGCGAUAUUUGUGACGACUUCGUCUUAUAAGUAAGUGAUGACUGCGUCUAGGUUAUAGUUUGCCAGAGCGAGGGUGGCGUGGGGUUCUGCUUGUGUCUUCGAUAUUUGUACACACUUACAUAGGUUAUGAUACCAAUAUUGACCAUGACGGCUACAAUAUCGUGAUGAGAUCCGAAGAUGAAUAUUCAACGCAAGGAUUGA